GUAAAAGCCACACAACUUCUGUUGGAAAACCGCCCUCCUCACUUCACUCUCUGCCCGUCGUUUUUGUUAUAUCAAAAAAAAAAAGCCAAGGGAACGACACUCGCACACAUACACACUCACUCUCUCUCUCUCUCUCUCUCUCUCUAUUGGGGUUGCCUAGGCGGGUUUAUCGGCCAAAUCUAAGCAACCCAUUUCUCAUUUCUAUGUCAUUUGAAGGGGAUUUUCCUAUAUAGUCCAUUUCCUUUCCUAUAUGUGCUUUAAUGCUUUGUGGAAGGUAGUGGGAUACUCCGUGUGAAAUAUGAAGAAAUUUUCUUUUCCUUGAUUUAGCAUUCACGGGCGUUAAAUCUGGAGGCUUUGGCCAAAUCUAGGGAGACCCUUUUGGUCAGUGACAGAAGAGAGGUUCUCAAACGAGGUUAUUGGCUUUAACCCCUCUUGGUCAUGGAGGGAGAAUCAUCAUGGAUCAACCAUAGUUUUGAUGACAUGAAAAGAGAGAUUGGAGAGUUUGAUUCAUUCUCAGAGCUGAAUGAUGAUGGCAAUCAAGAAGCUACUGGAGUUUCUCUGGAGUUGAUGCUGCCUGAUGAUCUGUUGGAACGGAUCCUAGCCUGUCUUCCCAUUGCAAGCAUUUUCAGAGCAGGUUGUGUGUGUAAAAGGUGGCAUGAGAUUGUUAGUUCGAAUAAGUUUUUUUGGAACUUUUCGAAUGUCUUGUCACAAAAACCAUGGUAUUUUAUGUUUACAAGCUCUGAAGAACCAACUGGUUAUGCUUAUGAUCCCAUCCUUCGGAAGUGGUAUGGUAUUGAACUCCCCCAAAUCAGGGCACCCGAUUGGUCCAUUGCUUCGUCGUGUGGAUUGGUUGGCUUCAUGGACACUGACAGUAGAAGCGAGCUAUAUGUCUGCAACCCUAUUACCAAAUGCUGGAAGAAGCUUGAGGAGCCCCCAGGUUUGAAAUUUCCUGAUUACAGUGCGCUUGCUAUCUCAGUGAACAGGAUAUCACAUGGUUAUAAUAUAACAGUAGUGAAAUCUAAGGAAGUCCCUGGAAAUUUUUUCCAGUGGGACAUCUCAAUUCAUAUUUAUGAUUCCGAAACAAUUAUGUGGACAACCUCUUUGACAGAGGUUUUAGCAGGGUGGAGAGGUGGUGAUGAAAGUGUGAUCUGUGAUGGGGUUUUAUACUUUCUGAUUUAUUCAACUGGGAGUGGUGGACCGGAAAAUCGUCAUGGCCUAAUUGCAUAUAAUCUUUCCAGCCGUUCUUCCCAUGGUUUGUUGAAAAGGAGUUUUAUUCCAGUACCUUGCCCUCUUACAUGCGGCCGUCUAAUGAGCCUAAAGGGGAAGCUGGUGAUGGUUGGAGGAAUUGGGAAACAAGAUAGGGCUGACAUUAUUAAGGGGAUUGGCAUCUGGGUUCUAAAUGGGAGGGAGUGGCAAGAGAUUGCACGUAUGCCUCAUAAGUUUUUCCAAGGAUUUGGGGAAUUUGAUGAUGUUUUUGCUAGCAGUGGUACUGAUGAUCUCAUAUACAUCCAGAGCUAUGGAGCUCCAGCACUUCUUAUCUAUGAUAUGAACCAGAAGCAAUGGAAAUGGUCACAAAAGUGCCCUGUGACAAAGAGGUUCCCACUUCAGCUCUUUACUGGUUUUUGCUUUGAACCCAGGCUUGAAAUUGCUCCCUAAUUUGUUUCACUCUAGGUUUAUGUGGUGUUAUUCAUGAAUGUCUUAGAUUCCCAUGGUUUUCUUUUGUUUUCAUUUGCCUUUAUAUUCAGUUAUUAUGAAAUUUGUAUUCGGAAAAGUUAUACACAAUGUAAAUGCAGAUAAAACUGCUUAUUCAUGAUUAUGGGGAAUAUCAUUCUUUGCAUUCAGAAA